AUGGGUAUGCAUCCUUUAAAGGACAUCUUCGUUCACAGUUUUGUGAGGGCGGCCGAGCUGACCCCGCGGUCCGAGAUGUCCGAGCUGCCCGCAGACAGCAGUGUCCCGCCGGCGGGCGCGGCGAAUGACCACGGCGACGUCCCGCAGGCGGAGGUAGGCGGCGGGCGGCGGGCGGCGGCCCCGGCGCAGCCUGUGGAGGCCAGCGACCGUGCGACGGCGGCGGCCAGGGAAGGUCCGAUGGCGGCACCUCGGGAAGGUCCAGUGGCGGCGGCCAGGGAAGCCCGCGUGGCAGCGCAUUUUGAGGCCAUGAGAGUUUACCAGCAGGGCGUGCGCCGCUUCCUGGAGCACUUCGCGCUUGCUCCUGGCCGAAUUCCGGAGCUGGAAGGACGGCGCAGGGGGUUUGUGGAACCCUGGGGAGCAAGGGAGGCGGCGUUUGAUGCGGAAUAUUGGCGGGAUCCUCAGAGGAUGGAUGCUGAUAUGUUAACAUUGAGUAUAACUCUGACUGCGUCUGCAGUUAUCAACCCUCUGAUACGAGAACUUGGUUGUGAUAAGUGUACCAGUAGAGAAUAG